AUGGCUUCAACACAGGUUAGUGACUUUGGGAGCUCUCAUUCUGUUCUUGGUGUCAUGGAAGUCGCCAACAAACCAGAAAUGGGAAUACCAGAAAUGUAUAUUCGCCCACAACAACCUUCUAUUCGAUCAGAUGAACCCUCUUUGCCAACUAUUCCCGUUUUCGACUUUAAAAGCUUGCUGCAUGAAAAUUCCAGAGAUGCUCAACUUCUCAAGCUGUACACAGCAUGCAAAGAUUGGGGUUUCUUUCAGGUGGUGAACCAUGGUGUUAGCUCUGAACUGCUGCAGAAGCUGAAACAUGAGAUCGAGAAAUUCUUCCAACUUCCCAUUGAAGAUAAGAAGAAAUAUCAAAUCAGAGCAGGUGAUGUUCAAGGUUACGGAAGUGUGAUUAGAUGUAAAGAUCAAAAGCUUGACUGGGGGGACAGAUUCUACAUGGUGAUCAACCCAGUUGAAAGAAGAAAGCCAUAUCUUCUCCCUCAGCUCCCUCCAUCACUCAGGGAAAGUUUGAAGUCAUACUUCAAAGAACUGAGGAAGCUUGGUAUGGAACUUCUUGGAUUGCUAGGAAAAGGCAUAGGAAUGGAGAUGAAGGAAGUGGAAGAGUUUUUUGAUGAUGGGAUGCAGUCAGUGAGGAUGACAUACUAUCCACCAUGCCCUAAACCAGAGAUGGUUGUAGGGUUGACCCCUCAUUCUGAUGCCACAGGCAUAACCAUCCUUCAUCAGAUGAAUGGAGUGGAGGGUCUGGAGAUAAAGAAAGGUGGGGUUUGGAUUCCUGUGACCUUUCUACCAGAUGCUUUUGUAGUUAACGUUGGAGACAUCAUGGAGAUUCUAAGUAAUGGAGCCUAUACGAGCAUAGAGCACAGAGCUGCAGUGAACAAAGAGAAGGAGAGAAUCUCCAUUGCCAUGUUCUUCAACCCUAGAUUUGAGGCAGAGAUUGGACCUGUCAAAAGCUUGUUAAAUUCUGAAAACCCUCCCUUGUUCAAAACCAUGCUCAUGGAAGAUUACUUCAAAGACUUUUUCUCUCGCAAUCUUAAUGGCAAGUCCCACUUGGACAAAAUGAGGCUUAAAACUCUUCACUCCCUCAAACAUUCAACUUAA